UCGCUAAAUAGCGAUUUCUUCCAGACAACCGGAGUACGGAAGGAAAUUAGUUAGAGGAGAGGAAUAAUAGCUAGUACCAAUAAAUGCAGACAAAUUGUAGUAAAGUUUUGUAUAAUGAGCGAAAUGGAAAUAUAAAUAUUAUACUUAUUUUUAAAGCUUUCCUAAUCUUUUCGUUUUAGGCGAAAUCGUUAUAUUUACUAUGGGGUCACUAAUCAUAAUAUUUGAGGUGAAUCGACAAGCUGCAAUCAAGGAAGUUAAGGCUCUUGAUGUGAAAUCUGAAUGGUUGGCUGUUAAGCUGUCUCUUGAGGAAUUGCAAAGGGAGGUGGCACUCCAGCAGCAAGAUAUCGAUAGACUUCAUCGUGUGCUUUUGGACCUCACAGCUUCGCCUCCCAGUCCCGCUCCUACCCCACACACUCCAUCUGGGUCAAGCGUGUCACACAGAUCAAAUGUUCACCCACCGCAUAUUCCGAAAGUUCCCCACAGUUUGCACAAGUCUCUUAUCCCCGUCACCCCGCAUAUUCCGGACGGUGCGCACGCUUCACCUGUACCGCGUCUACAAAAUAAACCUCAAAACACUCGUAAGCCACCUCAAGUGCCACCACCACGCGUACCGCAUGCUCCACUAGAUUCACACACACAUCAUUCAUCACCACGCGACUCGCGUACCUAACUCGCACACACCGCACACAUCGCAUGAUCCGCACGACGCACACACUCCGCAGGCACCACAUUGACAUGUUCCACAAACUCCACAAAUCCCGCCCACUUUAUCUCAAAAAAAAAAUAGAAACCAAUAAAAAUUUGACGAACGAACAAAAGCGCGCGGCGCCGCACCGCAAUGCACAGCGCGUUGCACUCCACGGUGGCACGGCCCGCCGCGCCGCCAGCGCUUGAUGUUAAUCAUCAAGAUGGAUGGACUUGCGA